AUGUUUGCAAUCAGGAGAUCAAUUGUCCCAUUGACCUCUUCAAUCUUUAAAAGAAGCAUGAUUACUGCCCAAGCUGUGCUCUACACUGAACACGGAGAACCUUCCGAUGUGUUGUUUACUCAUAAAUUCUCCAUCGACGACGACAACUUGAAAUCAGACCAGGUUGUUGUGAAAACUUUGGCAUCUCCCGUCAAUCCAUCAGACAUUAACCAAAUCCAAGGAGUAUAUCCAUCCAAGCCGGAAAAGACGUUGGAUUUCGACACAGAAAAACCUGCAGCGCCUUGUGGAAAUGAAGGCGUUUUCCAAGUUUUGAAAGUUGGGAAUGGAGUGUCAGACCUUGCUGUUGGCGAUUGGGUAAUUCCAAGCCAAGUCAAUUACGGUACUUGGAGAACUCAUGCAUUGGGUACAUCAUCUGAUUUUAUCAAGUUGCCCAAUCCAGAUCAAUCAAAGUCCAAUGGCAAAAAGCAAGGGUUGAGUAUAAAUCAAGCGGCAACUAUUUCAGUUAACCCAUUGACCGCGUAUCUCAUGUUGACCCAUUAUUUGAAAUUGGCACCAGGCAAGGAUUGGUUUAUUCAAAACGGAGGAAAUUCGGCUGUGGGAAAAUACGCUUCGCAAGUUGGGAGAUUGUUAAACUUUAACUCAAUUUCUGUGAUUAGAGACAGACCAGACUUGGACGAGGUUAAGAAAGAGUUGGAGCAGUUGGGUGCGACGCAAGUUAUUACCGAAGAAGAUAAUGCAUCCAAAGAGUUUGGUGGCCAAAUCAAGUCCUGGGUUAAGGAAACUGGCGGUGAGCUCAAAUUGGCUUUGAAUUGUGUGGGAGGCAAGUCGUCAACUGGAAUUGCAAGAAAAUUGGGCAACAACGGGUUGAUGUUGACGUAUGGGGGAAUGUCUAAACAACCGGUCAUCAUUCCAACCUCGUUGCACAUUUUCAAAAACUUUACCAGUGCAGGGUUCUGGGUCACUGAGUUGUUGAAGAACAACCAAGAGUUGAAAUCAAAGACAUUAAAGCAGAUUAUUGAGUGGUAUGAAAAUGGUGAGUUGAAGGAUGCUCCAAGCACACAUGUUGAAUUUGAUGGCAAUGAUUUGGCCAAGUUGUACCAACAGGGAAUAACUGAUUCGAAAAAGGGUAAGCAGUUGAUAACUUAUAAGUAG